CCUGACAGACAUACACACACACACAGGUAGACCUGCCUCCACCCUUAGGUUUUCCAGGGGCUCUGAGAGCAAAGCUUCCCCCUUGACCACAUCCAGGCAGAGCUGCAGCUGCCUGGUCUCGCAUGGCUGAACUUCAGUGCUCCUGUUCUGGCAGAAACAACAAAUCGCCUCCUAGCUGAGAACUUUGAUCAUUGAUCCCUUGAUCAGCGGGCAAGAAUUAGCAACCGCGCAAGCCCUGGCAAGACGGAGAACACAGCACAUUUAUUUUUAAUUAGGCACAGCUGUGCUGCGUCAGGGUCGACAUGCACCCAAUUUAGAAAACUGCAGGAACAGAGCUGGCGGAGAAAGCGGGUGAUUUGUGGGGAGAAUGCCAAACCCGCAGGAGCUCGCUUUCCAGUGAGGUGACAUUUCAUGGCCCUCGUGGUGGGAAUAGUUAUUGCGGGGUGGUGAUUGGCAGUCAAGAAGAUGCAUCUUGGAAGCACUCAGAGACAGCCGCACUGGCAUGGAGUCACUGAGGGGCUGCACACGGACAUCAUAAAUGCUUCUAACAAAAUUGCUUUAAUAAUACAGGCCAUGCUGUUCCUGUGUGUUGCCUUAUUGGUCCUGGCUGGGCCAGCCCUCCCCUCUUUUGGAGCAGACCCUGAAGCACCAAGGCACAGACACGAUGCCAACCUGGAGAUCUACAAGCGUUUGUUUGAGACGAAGAGGAAGGACCAGCUAAACGCUCUGAAGAACCUGGUGGAGCUCAACGACAUCAACCAGCAAUACAAGAUCAUCGACAUCAUGCUGAAAGGGCUGUUCAAGGUGCUGGAAGAUUCCAGGGCGAUACUCACUGCUGCUAACAUGCAGCCCGAUGACCCCUUUCCACUGGAUGACAAGAUCAAGGAAGCAUACUCCCACGUGCUGGAGAACACGGCCUUCUUCGGCGAUGUGGCUCUGCGCUUUCCUCGCAUCGUUCAUCACUAUUACGACCGCAAUGCCGACUGGGGGGGCCUGGUGCGCUGGGGCCUGCAUUUCUGCAACCUCACGGGCGUCUUCGCUGGGGGAGCACACCAGCACGUCCUCACACUAAUGUCACAGGAGCUGGGAAUCACAGAGAAGUCGCUGGACUUCAUCAACCCUUACCGUACUGAGAGAGAUGAUAUGCUGCACACCGCUGAAGCCUUCCAGAAGAUCCUACGAGAGGAGGAGAAGCGGCGGCGCAAAGAGGAGAAGAGGAAAGAAAUCAGGAAGGGGCCCCGCAUCUCCCGCUCUCGUACUGAGUUAUAGCGCCCCCUGGCCCUGGGGAAGAAUAUGUGACCAGAGGGCAACUUUAGAGUGACUGGGGCCAGAGGGGUACAGGUGUGUGUGUGUGUGUGUGUGUGUGUGUGUGUGUGUGUGUGAGAGAGAGAGAGAGAGAGGAACAGAAUAAACAGUAAUUUUAUGAAAAUAAAUGGGAAAUUAGGCUAUUUUCAAUUUUUGGUAGCAAAAAUGGAGGGGGUUACGUACAAUUAGGGAGAGUAUUUAAAACUUAUUUGUUUUUGGUAACAAAGAAAUUUUGUAGUGUAAUUAAUUUCCUUAAAACAAUUCACAGUAAAGGAAACUGUGAGAUUGAGAUUAAAUAGCAUCCCCUCAGGAGUUAUGUGUUAAAUUUUUAGUCUUAAGUAACCGUUAUAUACAUGUGACUAAGUUGUUUUUCCCUUUAGGUUAGUUGUUUGAAUAUAAAGCUGAACAAUUGCUGGAUAUAUUUCUGGUAUUUUUUUAUUCUGUCCCCAACAAUGGCUGCUUCAAAAUAGCAUAAUGAGUAUUAAGAUUAUAUCUUUAAUCAUCUGCAGUUAUAUGUAUGAACAAACAUCACCAACGGUUCAGCCUGUGCCUGGGGAGAAAUAAUCAUCAUGCUGCAUACCGAUAAAAAAAAAUAGCGUUUGAACCGAGUAGGGCUGCCACGAAGAAUCGGCUUGUGGUAUAACUAUACAACACUGCCCCCUACUGGUCAUCUGCGCGAAGAGGCAAAGGCAGGUGAUUUACGCUCCCUUUUAGCCUCGGUCCUUUCAUUUAGUACUUAACCUGUAGCCUUUUGCUUCCUCCUUUCGCAGGUGAUCACUUACCUAAGGAGUCCGUGACUGAGCUUAAUUCCCUCCCAUUUCGUUAUAAUUUCGCUACAGUGGUUUCAUGCUGUUUUUGUCGAAACAUACAGCUGUUACGUUGAGCUCAUGUCUUUUUGUGAAUUUUUAUUUUGGAUUUUUUUUUACUCCAUUUCAAAAUUCAAAAAAGAUAUUUGGGAUUGUAUUUAUAGAAUAAUAAACUACCGUCGUACAAUU